CGCACUGUUUACAACAUACGGGUAAUUUGAAAUGUUGUUUAGGAUACAAACAUGGCCGCCGAAGAUGAUUCCGAUGUUCCAGAAACAGGGGGUGUGUUUACCUUUGGAAAAAGCAAGUUUGCAGACAAUUUACCUAGCAAAUUUUGGGUAAAAAACGAUAAGAUUUUGCAUGUUGCUUGUGGUGAUGAACAUACAGCUAUAGUUAAUGAAACAGGAAGAGUUUUUACCUUUGGUGCUAAUGACUGGGGACAGUUAGGUUUAGAUCAUACAAAGCCUGCAUACAAACCAACCUGUGUUAAAAAAUUAAAACAAGAAAAAAGUUAUUUAGUGGCGUGUGGUCGAGUCCAUACAAUAGUAGCUACAGAAUCGGGUAAACUAUAUUCCUUUGGUGCUAAUUCAGAAGGCCAGCUUGGUAUAGAAGAUUGUUCUAGUAGUAAUGAACCUAGAGAAAUAACAGGAAUAUCUACACAUAAAUAUAAACAAUUGUCAGCAGGGGCAGAUCACUCUGCUGCAUUAACAGAGGAUGGUGAAGUGUAUGUUUGGGGAGGUGGAAGUGAAGGACAGCUUGGUUUGGGGGAUGAAACAGAAUGUCCACAGCCACAACUGUUAGAUAUAGAAGGCAAAGUCACAUGUCUGUCAUGUGGUUAUUACCAUACAGCUUUCGUGACAGAAUCUGGUGAAUUAUACACAUUUGGUGAGAGUGAUGGAGGCAAGUUAGGACUAGGAGAUGCAGAUAUCAAAGCAUUUGUACCUACAAAAGUGGAACUUCCAGAGAAGGCCAAACAAGUAUCUUGUGGGAAUACUCAUACAGUUGUUUUAUUAGAAUCUGGUAAAGCUUAUUCCUUUGGUGAUGGUAACAAUGGUCAGUUAGGACAUGGAAACAGAACUCUGGAAACUCCAUCACCUAAACAAAUAUUCUGUAAAACAAAAAUCAAACACGUCUCAUGUGGAGAUAGUCAUACAGCACUUAUAUCAGAAAAAGACCAGUUAUACACAUUUGGAGAUGGAAGACAUGGUAAACUAGGUCAAGGUCAAGAAAGCUACUGCAAUAUUUAUGUUCCUACGCUAAUCGAAAGAUUUAAAAACUUUCAUGUUACACAGGUAUCUUGUGGAGGUUGUCACAUGUUGACAGUAGGACAUAAGAGGUUACAAACCGAGAUUGAGGAAAGUUCUGAAGAGGAGGCUGAGGAAUCUCCCGAAAUUGUCAACAAGAAUCUACUAAACGCAUCCCUGAAAGCUGACGGGUCGUUAGAUCUCAAUAACAGCUUUACAGCAAGAGAAAAACGUAGACAAAACACAUUAAGUAAAAGUCCAUCUAUUAUCAAGAGACAGUUACCAGAAUUAAAUAACAACAAGCCACCACCAUUAAGUGCCACAAUGCCACCUAAUGAAACUCCUCUUGCUAAAGAAAGAAUACAUGGUGUACACAGUGAAAAUAAAAUACUACACAACACAGUCGACCAAGGAGAUAAAUCUAAACAUAAAAAAGAAGAGGACAGUGAUGAGGAAUCUGAAACAGAAGAUGAGGAAGAGGAGGCUGAUUCCAAUGUCAAUAAGCAUAUAGAGGAAGUAAAAACAAACAGGGUUCAGUCAGUACCACGCCCAAUGCCCCGCCCCUCUACGCAGAAACCAUUAGAAGAUGUACAGAAAAAAGAAGACAAGAAGGAAAAAGAAGAUGAAUCAGAUGAAGAGUCAGAAGAAGAAGAAGAUAAACCAUCUCACAUAAAACAGUCUGAAUCAAAAUUAUCCAAACCAACAGAAUCAGAAGAAGAUGAAGAAGACUCGGAGGAGGAGGAGUCAAAGUCUAAACCUACACCAACGAAAAGAUCUUUACCAAAGAUGGGAGAAGACAAGCAUGCAGAAUCAGAGGAGGAAGAAGUUAAAGCAUCAACAUCAUCAACAUUAAGAACCUUGCCAACAGUACCUGUUCCUCAGCCAAGAAAAGGUAAACAUGAGAAAGAUGAGGAUGACGAAGAAACAGACGAAGAGAAAGAUGAUAAGAAAAAGAAAGAAAAGAAGAAAGGAAAGAAAUCCAAAACCAAGAUUUUUGGUACAACAACUGGUUUGUCAGAUGAAGAUGAAGGAGAUGAUGAAGAAGAAGAAGAUGAAGAAACAAAGAAAAAAGAAAUGUCAGAGGAAGAAGAAAAGGAUGGAAAGAAAAAGAAAGACAAAAAGAAAGGAAAAGAUAAAGAAGACAAGAAGGGGAAAAAAGAUAAAAAGAAAGAUAAGAAAAAGAAGAAAGGGAAGAAAGAUGAAGAUGAGGAAGAGGAUGAAGACAAAGAAGAGGAGGAAGGAGUAAAAUCUGAAAAAGAAGAAAAGGGUAAAGACAAAAAAGGCAAGGACAAGAAGAAAGAUAAAAAAGAUAAAAAGAAAGACAAGAAAAAAGAUAAGGAUGAAGAUGAAGAUGAAAAAGAUGAUGAGGAAGAAGAUGAUGAUGAGAACAAAGGCAAGAAAAAAGAUAAGAAGAAAGAAAAGGACAAAAAGGAUAAAAAGAAGGAUAAAGACAAGAAAGGUGACAAAGAAGAUGAAAAGGAAGAUGGAAAGGAAAGUGAAAAGGAGGGAGAGAAGAAAGAAGACAAAAAAGAGGAACCAAAGGCCACAAAUCAGAAAAAGUCAUUUUCAUGUACGAUAUUAUGAUACAAGGAGAGAAUGUGUUGCAAAUGAAGAACGGUUGCCGCUCUCCAGAGACUUAAGGAUAACUACCAAGGAGAAGAGACUAGAAAUCCUUUAUAAAACUAUGGCAGCCUAUUUAUCUGUGAUUAAUUGUUUGUUGUUAGUGCUUGUUGUUUUCCGUCCAGAUUUUAGUAUAUUGUUAAAUAUUUAUAAUCUGUUACCUUGGUUACUGUUUAUUCCAUGUGAUAUUUAUGUUUUGUAAUUGUAAGGUCAAUAUUUAGUGCAUAGUUUAGUGUCAAAUGUGAUUAUAAUUAGGAUCAGUAUUCUGUAAUCAUGCUUUAAAAGUAGAUGGGUUUAUAUCCUAGUAUUUACACCUUAUUGUAAGAAGAAAUAUUCUUCUCAGUGAAAUAUAGACCUUAUAUCAAAAUGGAUAAUGAAGGUUUUGUGAUAGUUAUAAUUUCCAUGUUUUCUGAAUGAUUAAAUAUUAUACAUUUUUAAAUGCACCAUUUAAAAGUAUAAGACUCACACAUGUAGUGGUCAUAUCAUCCCUCAAAUGAUUGUUAUAGAUAUUUACAAAAAUAAUCCUUUUUGCAGUAAACUAGGUAUAAAUGAAUGUUUUUGAUGGGAAUGUUAUAGUAUUUUGCAUGGGAUUUGAUUUAAAAGUUUAUUCUUACUGGUGGAUAUUGUAUUAUUUUAUCCCCAAUUUAUUUUUAACUUGUAUAGAAAACUUUGUAUGUUGCAAUAUUGAAAAAAAAAAUCUACAAAUUGCUUUAUAUGUGAAGAUGUGUUUAUUUCAUUUUAUCUUUAUCAGCCUAUUUAAAUUUGUAGCAAGAAAAUUAUCACUUUGACAUAUUUUAGUUAAAAUUCUAUGCCAUGGUAAUAGUAUGCUCAUGCAGACCAUCUGUCAUUCUAAACCAAACUGACUCUGAUUUAAAGCAAAUAUUCUUUCUACCCUGCAGAUAUAAAAUAGAAUUUAAAAAAAUAGAUAAUUUGGAGUUAAAUUAUCAAAUAACCUAUUUAAAAUUAUGGAGUCCUUUAAUUAUUUGGUGAAAUUCAUUUGUCCCAUCAAAUUUGAUUGAUUUUAUCGAAAUCUAUAUUUCACUUUUGAGGUCAUAGUAUACAUAUUUUUGCUUUUAAAGAUACCCAGGGACAUUUGUUUUUCUUCAAAAUUUGAAAAGUUUUAUAAGAUAAAGUUGUAUUUUGCAAAAAUGGAAGUAACAUUAUGCAGUUCGUUUUGCAUACACAUACCGGUACUCAAUUUUUAUGUUCUUCACACUAAUUCAAUUAAAACAUAAUAUACUUUAACAAUAGAAGAAACUAUGUCUAUGUAAAAUUAAAUACAACACUUAUAGCUCUGUACAUGAUGUUGAUAAUGCAUUUAGUCAUUAUUUUGUAUUCAGGUAUUAAGACAUGCAGGGUGCAAAUUAUGUGUGUUUUUUUAUCAAUGUCUGAAAUAAUUAAUAGAAAAUUUGUCAUGUUGCAUACGAUUAUCAAACUUCAAAAGAAAGUUAUUAAAAUGUAGUGUAGUCUUUUUUCCAUUAGAAAUUUAAAAGCACACUUACCAGUUUUUUUUUAACAUUAAACGUUUUGUAGAUCAUCAUUAUCUAUUAUCUAAUAUUUACUACUUAAGUUUUGUCUAUUCAAAUAGACCAACAAGGCAAAUUCAUAUCACUAAAAUUAUAUGUAAUAGUUCUUAUCAGUGAUUUUUCAUUUCAACUUGGCAAUUAUUUCAUUUGAAUUUUUGCAAUUUUAUACCCCCUUUUGAUAUUAACUUGUCUGUGUGUCUGUCUAUUCAUUAAUCUGUCCCUUCAUCUGUCCUUUAUCAGGUUAAUGUUUUGGUUUAAUGUUGAUGAGGAUGAAGUUGUGGUAAUGUUAACAUCAAAUUUGAAUCAUUUACACAAGUUCAUUUUGAUGUUAACAUUUUCAUAUUUUUGACAAAUUUUAACUACUGUGGAUUCAGUAAUAUUCGUGGGAUACUAAUUUACGUGGAAUUCGUGGGUACAGGGAACCACAAAUUUAAAUGUUCAAUGAAUUACAAAUCUUCUAAAGGAUUGUAUGCAAUCUUUACCAAUAUCACGAAAUUAAAAAUCCAUGAUUAUGCAAGUUCUCCUCAAUCCACGAAAAUUGGUACCCACGAAAAUAAAAGGAUUCACAGUAUCAUUAUUUGAAAACACAAUUUAUUCUCUUUUCAUGUUAAAAUACAACCUAAAAAUUUGUAUGUUACUAUAAAUGUUUGGCAUAGUUUAGAUAUUAUAAUCCUGUUCUUUUGAUAACUAAUUAGAUAGCCUCUUAAAUUUAUUCACAGUUGUUGAGGUAUAUUUAACAAUUUGUUCUUUAGUGGAGUUAUUUAGAUUAUUUAUUAAUGUUUUUAAAUAAAUGAUAUUUAUAAAUCAAGUAAAGUUAGAUUGUAUAAAUUAAAAGGGAGGAAAAGGAUCAGUAGUACAUGUAGGUAUGAAUGAAAUGUAAAUAAUUGUACAAAUGUGUAAUAUGUAGAUUAUGUACAGUACAUUAAAAUGCUAUCUUUUAUAAUAAAUUAUAAGCAAACUUAUAA